CUCCGGCAGUCAUGGCGGGCACCCUAGACCUGGACAAGGGCUGCACAGUGGAGGAGCUGCUCCACGGCUGCAUCGAAGCCUUUGAUGACUCCGGGAAGGUGCGGGACCCUCAGCUGGUGCGUAUGUUCCUCAUGAUGCAUCCUUGGUACAUCCCGUCCUCUCAGCUGGCGGCAAAACUGCUUCACAUCUACCAGCAGUCCUGGAAGGACAACUCCAAUUCGCUGCAGGUGAAAACAUGCCACCUGGUCAGGUACUGGAUCUCAGCAUUCCCAGCAGAGUUUGAUUUGAACCCUGAGCUCGCUGAGCAGAUCAAGGAGCUGAAGGCUCUGCUUGACCAAGAAGGGAACCGGCGGCACAGCAGCCUCAUUGACAUCGAGAGCGUGUGCGUGGGGCGAGCUAGAGGGCUGGGGAGGGCGCUCAGCAUCCCACACCAUCCGUCCUUAAUAAAUGUUUGUUGA